GAAGAUUAGAGAAGCAGCAUGAAAAGAACAGAAUAACAAUGAACAGAACCAAAAGAACACACAAGAAGCAUAACGAAAAGAAAAGCAGAGAAAGAAAACGAAGUCAAAAUCCAUGAUAUCAUAACCCCUACGCCAAAUCAAGAUCAACAGCCUCAACCCCAGUCAAACCAGCAUCAAAAAUGGAAACCAUGACACAAGCCCAUCCACUCCCCAUCCACAAUCUACCAGCCCUUCCAAGCUUCCACAGUGGAAGCACUAGAAGGAACGACCACUACCAGGUUGUGUGCGGACCCACUCUAUGAUCUCAGCGACUUGGACCAACCCACCCAGGAUAUGAUGUCAUGGGCGUGUAAGCCAACAUAAAGCGAGACGAUAUCGUCGUCGUUGGACACCCAUCCAUAUCCAAUCCAUCUCACCAAACUCUCUCUACUAUCAACAUUCUCUCCUUCCUCAUCCACUACUUCUCCUCACCAAACACCACCACAACAACCACCACAAUGUCGCAGACGCACUCCAAUGUCGGAGCCGGCAACCUCUACGUCGCCGGUGACCAGCGUAACAUUUCUCGCGCCGAGGCUCAGCAGCAACAUGAGCCCUACAAGGAGGGUGUGCCCCACAGCCACAAGAACCUUGACUCGAAGGACGGACGCUCCAUCGCCAACAGACUCAACGCGCAGGAGCGCAAGGACGACCCCAGCCAUCACCACAACCGGGAGUAUGAUCCCGAGGCGGAGCUGAGCAAGCAGGAUCCCACCAAGCCGGCGGUAUUGCACGGCCACGAGCCCUCCAAGGGCGCCAAGAUCGACAAGGAGAUCCAGCAAGAGGAGCAGGAGAUCUUGAAGAAGAAGGGCGUCGCGUAAAGGUCUUGCAUUUCCUAAAACAAGAUGUCGAUAUGAAACGGUUGCAUAAUACGAACAAAUGUGAACAGGAUGGGAGUUUGGGUUAUGGUGAUUGAUUGAUUGAUUGGUUGAUUGGCUGUGCCAGGUUUAGCAUGUAUUAUAGGGUACUAUGUGCUGUUUUCCAUUCCGGGUUCAUGAAUGAAUUGAUAUGUUGAAUGAUUUUGGUCUGCUAUGUUCUGCUUCGUCUGAUUAUUAUAUACAUAAGAAGUCGGGGGAUGAUUAGGUACAGCGGGUUAUUCAGUAGUCGUUGCUCGUAACAAGAUGUCAUGCACGGAUGUCCAAGUUAGGUCCAAGUUAGGUCCAAGUUGAG